AUGCAAGUCUGCAUUGGCUUCAAUCCUCGCGCUGGAAAGCUACCCCACAAGAAUGAACCUGUAUCACCGACUGAUAGUGCUUCUAUCGUUACCCAGACUGACAAGGACAAACAAAACAGUCACAAAGGACAAGGUACUACUGAAGAACAGUCUUCAGCUAAAUCUGGUUUUGGCGACCACAGAAAUGAUAGAAACAAGGAUUAG